AUGGCGGCGGCCAGGGCUUGGAAGCUGGCGCUCCGCGGUCGGGGACGUUCGUUGCACACCGCCGCCGAGGCCGCCUCCACGGCUACGGAGUCAACCAGCACAGACGUCGCGGCCGUCCCCUCUGCGCGGUACCCGCCGAUUGUGGCUUCCUUGAGAGCCAAAAGCAAAGCGGCACGGCAGCGGCGGGUGGAGCGCUGGCAGGCGGCGGUGCACGCGGCUCCGUCCGCGGACGAGAAGCUGCGCAUCCUCACCAAGAUGCAGUUCAUGAAGUAUGUGGUUUACCCGCAGACUUUCUCCCUGAACGCCGACCGCUGGUACCAGGCCUUCACCAAGACCGUGUUCCUGUCGGGGCUGCCCGCCCCGCCCGCGGAGCCCGGGCGGCCGCUGGAGCUCGCGGCCCUGCGCGACGCGGCGUAUUGUAAGCGCCCAGUUCAUUUUUACUGGUUGCGUGGUGAAGAAAUGAUUCCUCGUGGUUAUAGAAAGGGCCGAAUUGAUGCUGUGCGAUAUCAAAUAGAUGAUAAACCGAACAACCAGAUUAGAAUAUCCAAGCAACUCCCAGAGUUCGUGCCAUUAGAUUAUUCUGUGCCUAUUGAAAUCCCUGUUAUGAAAUGUAAACCAGACACGCUUCCAUUGUUCAAACGGCAGUAUGAAAACAACAUAUUUAUUGGUUCAAAAACAGCAGAUCCGUGCUGUUAUGGUCACACUCAAUUUCAUCUGUUACCUGACAAAUUGAAAAGGGAGAAGCUUUUAAAACAAAACCGUGCGGAUCAAAUAGAAGUUGUUUUUAGAGCUAAUGCUAUUGCAAGCCUUUUUGCUUGGACAGGAGCACAAGCUAUGUAUCAAGGAUUCUGGAGUGAAGCAGAUGUUACUCGACCUUUUGUCUCCCAAGGUGUGAUCACAGAUGGAAAAUAUUUUUCCUUUUUCUGCUACCAGUUAAAUACUUUGGCACUGACUGCACAAGCUGAUCAAAAUAACCCUCGUAAAAAUAUAUGUUGGGGGACGCAGAGUAAGCCGCUUUAUGAGACAGUUGAGGAAAAUAAUGUGAAAGGUUUUAAUGAUGAUGUUCUACUUCAGAUAGUUCACUUUCUACUGAAUAAGCCAAAGGAAGACAAGUCACAGAUGUUGGAAAACUAAGAGGAAACAUUUGAUUCAGGACUUUGAAAAUAUUUAAAUUUCAUGAAAGGAACAAUAAAAAGAACUUUAAUAAUGUG